GCCCAGCGCUUGUUCUGGGCUGGGGGAGGCGGUGGCGGCUGAGAAGGAGGAGCGGGAGGAGGAGCAGGGUCAGCGGGAGGCAGCGGCGGCGACCAGGCUGGGGUGAUGGUGCAGGUGCCCGGGGCCGGCACUGAGCUGCCCGGCUAAGGGGCGCCUGGUCCGGGGUCCGCAGCGACGCCGCGUCUCCCUGGGGCGGGCCAGCGGGCGGGAAGAUGCUGAGCAGGUUGAUGAGCGGCAGUAGCAGGAGCCUGGAGCGCGAGUACAGCUGCACCGUGCGGCUGCUGGACGACAGCGAGUACACCUGCACCAUCCAGAGAGAUGCCAAGGGCCAGUACCUGUUUGACCUCCUUUGCCACCACCUGAACCUACUUGAGAAAGACUAUUUUGGGAUCCGCUUUGUGGACCCAGAUAAGCAGCGGCAUUGGUUGGAGUUUACAAAAUCUGUGGUGAAGCAAUUGCGGUCCCAGCCUCCAUUUACCAUGUGUUUCCGUGUGAAGUUUUACCCUGCAGACCCUGCUGCCCUGAAAGAAGAAAUAACCAGGUAUUUAGUCUUUCUACAGAUCAAAAGGGAUCUCUACCAUGGUCGCCUCCUCUGUAAGACAUCAGAUGCCGCCUUGUUAGCAGCUUAUAUCCUUCAAGCGGAGAUUGGAGACUAUGACCCAGGGAAACAUCCUGAAGGCUACAGCUCCAAGUUCCAGUUUUUCCCUAAACAUUCAGAGAAGCUGGAAAGGAAAAUUGCCGAGAUUCACAAGAUGGAACUCAGUGGUCAAACACCAGCAACAUCAGAACUGAACUUUUUAAGAAAAGCACAGACAUUGGAGACAUAUGGAGUAGACCCUCACCCGUGUAAGGAUGUGUCAGGAAAUGCUGCCUUUCUGGCCUUCACUCCCUUUGGGUUUGUUGUUCUGCAAGGAAACAAGAGGGUCCACUUCAUUAAGUGGAACGAAGUGACCAAGCUGAAAUUUGAAGGGAAGACUUUCUAUUUAUACGUAAGUCAGAAAGAGGAAAAGAAAAUUAUUCUCACAUAUUUUGCUCCAACUCCAGAAGCCUGCAAGCACCUUUGGAAAUGUGGAAUCGAGAACCAAGCCUUCUACAAGCUGGAGAAGUCAAGCCAAGUCCGCACGGUGUCCAGCAGCAACUUAUUCUUUAAAGGGAGCCGGUUCCGAUACAGUGGCCGAGUUGCAAAAGAAGUAAUGGAGUCCAGUGCCAAGAUCAAACGAGAGCCACCGGAAAUACACAGAGCAGGGAUGGUUCCCAGCCGCAGCUGUCCCUCCAUAACCCAUGGCCCAAGGCUUAGCAGUGUCCCCAGGACGCGGAGAAGAGCCGUUCACAUCUCAAUAAUGGAAGGCCUAGAGUCCCUUCGGGACAGUGCCCACUCCACCCCCGUGCGUUCCUCCUCCCACGGGGACACCUUCCUGCCUCACGUGAGGAGCAGUCGGGCAGACAGCAAUGAGCGAGUCGCUGUGAUUGCGGAUGAGGCCUACAGCCCAGCAGACAGCGUGCUACCUACCCCUGUGGCUGAGCACAGCCUGGAGCUGAUGCUGCUCUCCCGGCAGAUCAAUGGAGCCACCUGCAGCAUCGAGGAGGAGAAGGAAUCUGAGGCCAGCACCCCAACUGCUGCAGAUGUGGAGGCCCUUGGGGGAGAGCUGAGGGCCCUGUGUCAGGGGCACGGCGGGCCGGAGGAACAGGUGAAUAAGUUUGUUUUAAGUGUCCUCCGUUUGCUCCUUGUGACCAUGGGACUCCUCUUUGUUUUGCUCCUCCUCCUGAUCAUCCUUACUGAGUCUGACCUUGACAUUGCCUUUUUCCGAGAUAUCCGCCAGACCCCCGAGUUUGAACAAUUCCACUAUCAAUACUUUUGUCCCCUCAGGCGAUGGUUUGCCUGCAAAAUCCGCUCAGUGGUGAGCCUGCUCAUUGACACCUGAGAAGGCAUGACUCCUCCCAAUAACUAGCCAGGUGGACCAAGGAGCCCGGCUACCCAGUCCCAGCAAUGGGACCCAUCGCGGAACCAUCGGCACAUGUACCAAGUCCUCCUCUCAUGACUCAAAGUCCACAGCCUAGGAGGGUCAUUUCCCAGAAGAGGAAAGGGAUAGUAUCAUUCCCUGUCUAAACAAACUGGGAAAAAUCAUUUCUUUCAAGAAAGGCUCGGCAACUCUGUCAUCCUUCCAAUUUGCAGGAUAAUUUUUGCUUUUGAAUUUUGAUUUUUCAUAGGUGUGUAUUAUUUUGAAAGUACCAAAUAAAAAUUUAUUUUACUAUUA